AUGGCGUCUGAACCGAAGUCAACGGCAGAACUUCAGAGACUAGCUGCAGUAUUAGUAGAUUCCAAUAUACCCAUUAGACUUUAUUUACGAUCUGCCGAUCUAUUAUACAAACAAGCUCGAGUUUACGAACGAGAACAGGACUUACAGCAUGCCUACGUAUUAUUCAUGAAGCUCACAAAUCUAGGUCUAGUUGAGCUGCCGAAACAUCCUGCAUAUGGAGACGCCGAGAACAAAAAGAAUUUGAAGCUUUUAAAUAAGAAAUGUUCAGAGGCUCUUGAAACGCUUGAAAAGAUGAAACCAGCAUUAGAUAAAGCUUAUAGAGUAUAUAUUGACAAAUUGGAGCAACAACAAUUGCAAAGCAACGCAAUACAUCGUCAACAUAUUGCUACCACCGAAAACGAUGGAGAUAAAAAAUCAGAUAAGACGCCGAUAAACACAUUGAAUACUUGGAAUUUGCAAGAUGCUUUGAAAGGCGUUGUGGGUGUAGGCUACAAUGGAAGUGAAAGACCGGAAUCUUUUGCUCCCCUUAAAUCUACAACCGGUUAUCCGAGCAUGUUAAUGUAUAAUAAAAGUGAUGGUUUCUCUUAUCAAGCAAACCGUAUCAACCGGUCUUCCGUUCCGCCGCUUCAGUAUCAGCCGUCUUUACCGCCAAAAAUACCUAUUGACCAAGCGAACAAAAGCAAUGAUCAAACAGUGAUUGCGCCCAUAUUGCCACCAAAGAUAGCUUUGGAUAAAAGUACAACUUCUGGUUCAGGGCCAACAGUAGACGCAUCUUCAGAAAGAGGCGAACCACUGAGAACAAUGCUUUUACCAAAAGACCUUCAGGCAAAGUUUCUAUCUAUCGCUAAAAUUAACACGCUAAAUAAAAUUGAAACCUGCGGAAUUCUGGCAGGAACACUGAAAAACAACAUUUUGAAAGUAACCACAUUGAUCAUACCCAAACAAACAGGCACUUCAGAUACAUGUACAACAGAAAAUGAAGAAGAGCUAUUUGAAAUUCAAGAUAGAUAUGAUCUACUCACUUUCGGAUGGAUACAUACACAUCCAACACAAUCUUGCUUCUUGAGCUCUGUUGACCUACAUACACACUGCUCUUAUCAAUUAAUGCUCCCAGAAGCAAUUGCUAUUGUUUGCGCUCCAUUGCACAGACCAAACUUUGGUAUAUUCCGAUUAACAGAUCCUCCUGGCUUGGAUAUAAUUAGUAAUUGUAAAAGGCAACCCGCAUUUCAUCCACAUCCUGAUUUACCUAUUUAUACAGGUGCUCUUGAUGGAGGACACUGUCACAUAUUACAAUACGAUUUUAAAGUCUUAGACUUGCGGAAUAGUUGA